AUGUCCGGGAACACCAGCGCGCACGUCGCCCACUCCUUCAACAAGCUCCUCAACCAGUCCUCAAAGCGCACACCAAAGGAGGCCGAGGAGAGCGUGAAGAAGCUGCGGAGGCUGAUCUUGAUCGAGGGUAUCCCUUCCGGCGCGGACAGUACGAUUAGGCAUCGGGUGUGGAAGAUAUUGUUAAGGGUUACGGAGCUGCCGACGGAUACCUUUUUGGAUUAUGUUGCGAGGGGACCUUGUGAGGUGCGGGAGAAGAUUCGGAAUGAUACCUUUAGGACGCUUGCAACGGAUAGAGGCUUCAAAGAACGCGUACGGGAAGAUAUGCUCGUCCGCUUGCUCGACGCGUUCGUAUGGAGGAACCACGAUCGACAAGAAUACAACCAACACAGUUUCACCUACGUGCAAGGCAUGAACGUGCUCGCCGCGCCGUUCCUAUACACCAUGCCCUCCGAACUCGAGGCGUUCUUCUCGUUCGCCAAGUUCAUCGAGGAGGUGUGUCCGACGUAUGUUCAGCCGACGUUGGAGGGAGUGCAUCAUGGUCUCAAGUUGCUUGACCGCUGCUUGAAGAUACUGGACCCCGAACUGUACCAGUACCUACGCUCGAAGAACCUCUCAGCCGAGCUCUACGCCUUCCCCUCCGUUCUAACUCUCUGCGCCUGCACACCACCCCUCGACCAAGUCCUCCAACUAUGGGACUUCCUCCUUGCAUUCGGAGUGCACCUCAACGUCCUCUGCGUCAUCGCCCAGCUCCUCAUGAUCCGCGACGAAGUCAUGAAGACCUCUUCCCCGAUGCGCCUCCUCCGCACAUUCCCGCCGCUCGAAGCGAGCCCCGUCAUCGGUAUCGCUGUCACGCUCGUCCGUGACUUGCCUACGGAGUUGUACGAGGAGCUCGUGCGGCAUCCGUACGAGUUCAAGUCUCAGUAG